UUGGUGCUCGCCACACGCCUGACGCCUUCCUCCCAACUCUUUACACUCUUUUAAUAAGUUCUAACAUAGGACCAACCUCUCCUUUUUCUCUUUCAGCCCUCCCCUUGUAUUCCAAAAAAAAAUUCCCAACUCACAUUCCGAUUCUGAUUUCAAAAUAAACAAAAGAAAAAGGAAAUACUCGAAAGCGUUGUCUGGCCAAUAGCAUCAAAGCCUUCAAGGUGGUAUCUAGUUAAAGAUGGGUGCUGAAAAUCCUACUUCAUCAGCUGAAAAUGGUGGCAUCGCUGUGGAGACAUCACCUAAUGGCUCUCCUUCCUGCAAGAAGAUUCAGAAGAAAGUUCCAAAAAGAGUUCACAAGGCCGAGCGAGAGAAACUGAAGCGUGAGCAUUUGAAUGAGCUUUUUCUCGAUUUGGCCAAUGCACUUGAACUAUCUGAGCAAACAAAUGGAAAAGCCUCCAUAUUGAAUGAGACUGCUCGUUUCGUAAAGGACAUGAUAUCCCAGAUCAAGCAUCUAAAGAGAGAAAAUAUAGCCUUGCUGUCUGAAUCUCAAUAUCUUAGUAUGGAGAAAAAGGAGCUACAGGAUGACAACUCCGCUCUGGAGGCUCAAAUUGGCAAAUUAGAUGGUGAAGUCAAAGAAAAGGUAGCUGAGACUAAUCUUGACCUAAAUCUGAGUCUUCCUGAAACUCAGCUACCACAGUUAGCCUCACAAGUUCCAGAUAACUUUCUCCGAUUGCCUGGUCCAGAGCAUCCGUUCCAGCAGAUGCAAAUGAUGAACCCUCUUUAUGUCGUUCCCUUGAAUUCUACUCCUCAAGCUUAUCCGCAGCCUGAUACUGCAAAGCCCGCAGCUAUGCCCACAUAUUGUGUGAAGAAACCACAGGCCAGAUAUCCAACUCCAGCUGAUGUAUGGCCAUCCCAAAUUCUUGAAAAGCGACCUUAAUUAGGACAGGAGGUUCAAAAUAGUUUGUAAGAGUACUUUUCUAGUAGAGUUGAGGCCUUAAAAGGGAAGCCAAGUACAAUUUGGCAGUCGUGCAGAUUUAGACGAUAAGCAGCAUAUUCCAUCAAUAUUUUGGACUUGCAGCUCCCAUUGUAUAUAACAGUUUCCCUGCACUAUAACCGGUGACAUUCUUCUUGUGCUAUCACGGGGAAGAUAUACGGUUCAAUGUAGCUAGAGCAGUAAGCAGUCUAGAGAGCUGAUUGGUGUUAUUUCCUAUUUCCUUAAAUCUUGAUAACUGGUGAUGUAAGUAAGCCUAUAAGUAGGCAUUUGGCGUGACAUCUGUCAUUAUAGAUCUCUUUGGUUAUUUUUGCACCACCAAGAGGGUCAAUUAAAUUCUCUAAAUAUCUUCCUCCA